CGUAUUUUUUAGUCAUGCCAACGCUCAUCUUUUAUUGGUUAAUUUCGUCGGUAAACUGCAUGGGUCUCCGCUUCUCCUCUGGCUCGGCACCUCACUCCUCUUCCCUCAACGGCUCUCACUGUUCAGGUUCAGCAAGAACUGGCAGCAAGAACGUGGGGUUCUCCGCAACCGGGAAGAGUCAGUUUUCGGAGAUUGCGAGUGGAAGCGACGAUCGCGAAGAGUCUCUUGGUCGGAUUCUGAAAUGGCCAAACUUGAAGGUGUUUAGUUUUGAGGAGCUGAUUUCUGCCUCAAGGCGUUUCAGGUAUGACAUACAGGGGUUAGUGAUCGGUAAAGGUUGUUUUGGCCCAGUUUACAAGGGAUGGUUGGAUGAGAAUACCCUUACCCCUGCCAAAGUAGGCUAUGGAAUGGCCGUUGCGAUCAAAAUGUUUAACCAAGAUUACUUCCGAGGGUUUGAAGAGUGGCAGUCAGAAGUAAACUUUUUAGGAAGGCUUUCUCACCCCAACCUGGUUAAUCUAUUGGGAUACUGUUGGGACGAGGAUAAGCUUCUUCUAGUGUAUGAGUUCAUGCCAAAGGGAAGCUUAGACUAUCAUCUAUUCAGAGGAAACAUAACACCACUUUCUUGGAACACACGGCUUAAAAUAGCUAUUGGUGCAGCUUGGGGAUUAGCUUUCUUGCACGCCUCUGAAAAUAAUGUCAUAUUCAGUGAUUUCAAGGCCUCAAAUAUACUUCUUGACGGGAAUUACAAUGCAAAGAUCUCAGAUUUUGGCUUUGCUAGAUGGGGGCCUUUUGAAGGAGAAUCACAUGUAUCUACCAGGGUCAUUGGCACAUAUGAUUAUGCUCCUCCAGAAUACAUAGCAACAGGCCACUUGUAUGUGAAGAGUGAUAUCUAUGGAUUUGGUGUAGUGCUGCUUGAAAUACUUACAGGCAUGCGGGCACUUGACACAAAUCGACCUCAAACCAUGCAGAACCUAGUUGAAUGGACUAAGCCUUGUCUUUCUUCCAAAAAAAAGUUGAAAGCCAUAAUGGAUGCUAAGAUAGAGGGUCAAUAUUCACUUGAGGCAGCAUGGCAAGCAGCAAAACUUACUCUAAAAUGCCUAAAAUCUGUCCCUGAAGAACGUCCUUCUAUGAAAGAUGUAGUUGAGGCAUUGGAAGCCAUUGAAGCUAUCCAAAACCCACAAUUCGCAGCGUACAUCUCAUCCACCCCCUCGGCAGGGUCGUAAGAGUAUAAACAAAUUUAUAAGAAAAAAAAAACUAGAAAUUGAGAUUGAUUAUAUAUAGCAAUAUGGUCCAUUGAAUGGGUUGUAUCAGUCAUUUAAUAAAUGUGAUUUUCUUUUUCUUUUGCUGGUUGGAGGGGGGAAUUUCACAAGCAUGUUAACAUAUAUGAUUUCCUUUUGAAUUAUUCACAUUCUUUAGUGGGAAAACAUUUUGUACUAGAACAGAAUUUUGAUGCUAACAUGUCACUUUUUUCAAGGCUU